GGUGAAGCCGACCCUUCGCCGUCACGCAUCCUUUGUUGGUGCAGAGCAGUGAGUCCUGACAGUGUCGAGUCUCGACCGCGGAGCUUUAGAGCUUCAUCUGCAAAACGGGGAAUUCGAAAAGCAGAGCCCUUCAUUCCUCACUGCUCUUCUGCCAUUGUUGAGGGAGUGAUCGCACCUAAUCUUCUCCUUUCCUUCUUCCUCGUUGCUGAUUUCUGUUUCGCCGCUGUUGCGGAGCGUUGUGUGGGAUCUCGAGCUUCUCUUCUUCUUCCUGUUUCUCGACGCUGCCGUGUUCCUUUCUUCAGGGCAAAUUACUGAUACCUAUUGCACUGAGCAUUCUCACUGUUUUCCAGAAGAGAUUAGUUAUGAAAGCUGGAUUUAUAUUUUUGAACAGAUGAGUGCACAGAAUAGUCAGUUUGACUUGGGUUUGAAUGGAAAGACUUACCAUAGGAGAUCUGUCAAACCAUUGAUUAGUGAUGCUGAAUUUCUUCUCAACUUCAUCAUGAGUACUUAUUUGGGACCUGAUGUCAAGUCUGAUGAGCCUAGAUGUUCAGCAGCUCAAAGACUAGGGGCAGGUUUGCCACCAUAUACUUUGAGUGCUCUGGGACCUUCAUAUGUUAGCAUCUCUCUGCUGGAGAGAUUAUAUUAUUUUGUCCUGAGAGAUGCUCAACCUGACCAAGUGUUAGAGAGAAAUUUGCUGCAUAUGUAUCUAAAGGGAGAGUUAUCAUUGCCUAGUUGUGGGUCAGUAGAGGAGUGUCAGCAGUUCACAAGUAUUUUUCCUUUGAAUCUUCAUGAACAGAUAUGGUACCCUGAUAGCUUCAGAAUUGUUAAAGGGGUUGUUUUAAUCAUUGAUCCAGUUGCGUCAUACAUGAAACAGGAGGAUAUUAAGAGAUUCAGAUAUUUGACUGGUGUGAAUAGUUUGAAGAUUGAUAUAAAUGCAUGUCUACAUGCGCAACUUGGUUCUCAAGCAGGCAAGGAAGUUGAACAUAAGCACGUCAACAAAGAUCAGACAACUAUUUCAAAUGAGGAAUGCCCUCAGUUUCAACAAAAGCACAAGCAGAAGUGUAUUCUUGAUUCUCCGUCAAUAACAGAAUAUCCUGGUGUAUUUCCUAUAAAACAGCAUGGCAAGAGAGAUCCUUCCAAGAGGGUUUGCAAAUCCAAUGGACCUACGUUGAUGCCCGUUCUUCGUAUUCCGGACGCAGAAGAUUGUGAUAUAGAUGCUUCUCUUCAUUUAGCCGGGACAGCCAGAAGAGGAUUAUUAGGCCCACCUGUUGGUGUUGUGGAUAUUGGUAUCAGCAAAGUCGCAUAUCUCUUCCGAGUUUCGUUACCUGGGGUGAUGAAAGAUCACGCUAGUCAGUUCAAUUGUGAGGUUGAAUCCGAUGGGAGGGUUCAUAUCCAAGGUUUGUUAAGUGGUGGAAGAACUAUAAAGAAAAACUCACGUGUUUUCCAGAUGAAAAUCCAGCACUUAUGCCCUCCUGGACCGUUCACCCUUUCUUUUAGUCUUCCGGGACCUGUUGAUCCAAGACUUUUGGCACUUAACUUUAGGUCUGAUGGCAUAUUUGAAGCAGUUGUUAUCAAGCAGAAGUAACUGGCCUGAGUUUAGUAGCUGACUUUCCAGAGUAAUCCUACAGCUCAGAACUCAGAAUUCAGAUUUUUCAUAUUUUAGGCAGAAUCUAGGAUUGACUCUGGCUGUUCCUCAUUUUAAAAUGAUGAUGCAGUGACUUCUCUCUGUAAUUAUAAAGGGCUCGCCAUGAUCUAGCCAGUUGAAGUCAUGAUUUCAUUUUAGCCUAUCUCAUCCCUAAAGGAGUUUGUCCUUGAUGAUUUAAUAUGCUUGGUGCCAAGAAACACUUGCAGUGUACCUAACCUGACCUAGCUUUGUGGUGGUAAUCAAUAAUAUGUAAUCAGAGUAGCUUAAUGUUGGAAAUCAGAAUUUAGGGCUCUUGCCAAUACUAUAUGGAAAAGUAAGCCAUUACAU